GAGGGUGUCACUUUGCGGCUGCAGCAGUUUCGCUUGUUUGGUCAGCUGAGCAGUGAACUUGCACAAAAUACGGAGUGCGCGAACGGCUCGUCGUUAGCCAUGAUGUCCAUGCACAAGCCUCCGUUGACCAGGAGCGGCUCCUCGCCCUCGUCGGUCGACACCACCAAUCGCGGCGGCCCUUCCAUUGCCCCGCCCACAUCUUUGAACCUCCGCACCUCCCACAACCAGUCGCUGGCCCACGAGGUCAUAAAGGAGGGCGUGGCGACCACGGAGACCAACGCCCCCUCGGCGGCUCCGCCCCCGAAGAGCCGACACCGGAACUCCACGAGCAGCCUGCACAGCGCGGUGGGAGCGAGCGACCACCUCCCGAACUUCGGCCCGGGCAGAGGAGGCCGGGCGGCCCCGACCAAGUCGGCCUCGUCCACCUCGCUGACCUCCAUGUCGUCGCUCUCGCUGUCCACCUCCAACCCCAAGCUGGCCAAGAACGGCACCAACCUCCAGCUGAAGGCCGAGGAGGAGCAGCACGACUUCAACAAGAACCAGAGGCCCAGCAACGUCAUGGUGAGGAGGAGCAGCUCCGACUGGCUGGAGGGCAAAGACAAUCAGAACUGCGCGCCGAUGAGGAGGCGCACCAAGAGCUUCCUGGACUACCGCCGCGAGGAGCCGCCCGCGUGCUUCAACGAGAAACAGGAGAAGGAGGAGGAGGAGGCGCAGGAGGACGAGGUGGAGGAGAAGGAGGAGGAGACGGAGAAGCCUCUGCUGCCCAAGCUGGACCAGCAGGACUGGGUGAAGGAGAACAGGGUGGAGGUGCACCUCACGCUGCCCCAGAACCACCUCCUGCUGGCCAAGGAGGAGGAGGAGGAGAGCCCCACCCAGGCCCAGCUGAAGGGGCUGAAGGGGAGCUUCAGCUACGACCACAAGCCAAAGAAGGAGAUCCGGGUGGAGCUGCACGGCAACAACCAGGCGGCCCUCCGGAGCAGCCUGUCCCCCCGACACCACCCGUACUCCUCCAGGGUGGGGGCCCUCUCGGCCAGGCAGGAGGAGGAGGAGGUGGAGGACGACGAGGACGGAGAGGACUCGAGCUGGACCACGCUCUCGCAGGAGAGUCCCUCUGUAGACACGCCACAGGAGGCUGGAGUAUGGAAUGAUGGCGAGCUACCUCCAGGGUGGCGUGAGGUGGAGGAUUUGGCAGAGGUCUAUUUCUGGCACGUCCCCUCGGGUACCACUCAACGCGAGCGUCCUGUGUCUAAUGGCAGUGCCAAGCCCGAGCCAGACCCCGCGCAGGAGGGCACCGACGCCACCAGCCUCACCCUCCCUCCCAACAACUCGCAGAGCGAGCGUCCGAGCAGCAUUGUGUCCGACAGCUCUGUGGAGCCCGUGCCUUCGUCCGCCGCCUCCUCGCCCUCCAACUCCUCCAUCUCCUACGACAUGGUGAUUCCCACCGGAGGCUUCCUCAACAACAACUACCUGAGCAUCAGGGAAGAGUGUGCCCAUCAGGAUGCUAAUCUGCGGCAGCCUGACAGAGAAAGUGCUCAUGUGAAGUUGCGAGCAAGGGUCCUCCCCGACUCCGUCCCCUCCCCCAGGACCAGCAUUGACCUGGACUCUCAGGUGUUCCCUGUGUGUUCUCUGGGCUGGCUGGAGGUCUCAGACACUGACAUGGUGACCGGUAGGAGCAGUGCGGUGGUCAGUGACUGCAUCAGACAACUGCAGCUCCGCUCCCGAGAGAGAGACACCACUGGAGAGAGAGAGGAGGGCAAGCCCAUGCUGCUGGUGCUCCAGGACGUGACGCUGACCCUGGUUGACCCGACGGACCACACGCUGCUGCACUCGCAGCCCAUCAGCUGCAUCCGGGUGUGGGGAGUGGGCCGCGACCACAGCAGAGAUUUUGCGUACGUGGCGAGAGACAAGAACACACGCGUUCUGAAAUGUCACGUAUUCCGAUGUGACGCCCCUGCCGAAUCCAUCGCCACCAGCCUCCAUCGAAUCUGCUCCAAGAUUAUGGCUGAAAGGAAGAAUGCCAAAGCUGUAGCAGGCAGCUCCUCCAACUCCAGCACUGAUGUGCCCCUCCAAGUAGAGUUCCCCACACCAAAGACAGAAGUGGAGCAGAAGUUCCACGUGCUCUACCUGGGCACCACAUCCGUUAUCCGGCCCAUAGGUAUGGACAUGAUUAAUGGGGCCAUCGACACCCUGCUCUCCUCGACUGGGAAAGAGGACUGGACGCCCGUCAUCCUCAAUGUGGAGGACGCUACCGUGAUCGUCAUCAAAGAGAAGGAAGAGGAAGAGGAGGUGCUGGUGGAAUGCCGCGUGCGCUUCCUGUCCUUCAUGGGCGUGGGCCGCGACGUGCACUCCUUCGCCUUCAUCAUGGACACGGGCAACCAGCACUUCCAGUGCCACGUGUUCUGGUGCGAGCCCAACGCCGCGUGUGUGUCCGAGGCUGUCCAGUCCGCCUGUGUGCUGCGCUAUCAGAAGUGUCUGGUGGCGCGCUCCCCCACGCAGCAGAGGGCGGGCUGCUCCUCGCCGCCGCCGCCCGGCUCCGUGACCCGCCGCGUCACCACCAGCGUCAAGCGCGGCGUCCAGUCCCUCAUAGACACUCUCAAACAGAAGAAGCCCAGCCCCGAGCUGCCCAACCAAUGACGGGAGGAGGACAGGCUGGACCGCGGCCCACUGGCCAGCCCAGUCCAUCCGCCAUCAGCACA